CCAGUUAUGGAGGAGAACAAAAAAAAGGUCAAGUACCCAGAAGUCUACAUUCCCCUGGAGAAUCUACAGCAGUUUCCUGCCUUCAAUUCCUAUGCCUGUUCCUCUGAUUGUGCUUCAAGUCCCACCAGCAAAGAAGGCCAGGAGGCCCUCUCUCUUUCUCCUCUUAGCAGAAGUUCAGGUUCCCAUGCAGACUUUCUGCUAACCCCUCUGUUACCCACUGCUGGUCAGGGCAGUCCUUCAUUCUGCGUUGGGAGUCUGAAAGAAGAUUCUCCCUUCUCUUCCUUUGCCCACAUGCUGAGGGUUGGAAAAGCAAAAGAAGAUGUGUGGCUCAAAAGUACUCCAAAGAGAGAUGAAGACAGCUUAGUUCCUCCUGCCCCUGUGGACAGUAACGGAGACAGUGACAAUUCAGACCGUGUUCCUGUGCCCAGAUUCCUGAAUCCCUUCAGUCAAGCUAUUGAAGCAGCCUUCAGGAAAUUGGACACACCAGCUACUUCAGACCUUCUCUCUGAAGAGAAAGGUAGAACGAAAAGAAAAAUGCAGAAACAGAAGCUCCUCUUCAGUUCUUCGGACGUCCACACCAAGUGACACCACCAGCUCUGGCUGUCGUUUCCAUUUUUUUUUUCCAUGUGCUUUUGAUUUGCUGCUUUAAUUUUUAAGUGUUUGAGUUUGAAAUGAUUAGCUUUGCGGGGAGGGGUUUCCACAAUGUGAGAGGGAAACAAGAUUUAAAA